AUGAAUAAAGAGUCUGUUUUAAAUGGCAAGUUCAGCUUCAAAGCCGAGCCCACUAUUGGCAUGGAGGACUGUCCCCAGCAGUGGUGGUCCAAACAUGAAGGGGCACACAGCGAGAUGGCCUGCCUAGCACGCAUGUACUUGGCAACCCCUGCCACAUCCGUACCGUGUUCACACCUGCCGUUGUCAGCGACCAAUCACAGAUCCAGCUCUGUAAACAACACCUGGGAAACUGAUGGCGUCACUUUCUUUAUCAUCCAGGGCCUCACCAACCUCGGGGAAAAGAAGAUUAUCCUUUUUGUCAUUCUGCUGCUGGGUUACAUCAUUAUCCUUGCUGGAAACUGCAUGAUCAUCUUUGUGGCAUUGACUGAUCCGAAGCUCACCUCUCCCAUGUAUUUCUUCCUCUCCAACCUUUCCUUUGUGGAUAUCGUCUACACGACCACCACCAUCCCCAACAUGCUGUCCGGCUUCCUGACACACAUGAAAACCAUUUCGAUCCCCGGCUGCUUCCUUCAGAUGUAUUUCUUUAUCCACUUAGCCGUUACAGGACGCGCCAUCCUGACUGUCAUGGCGUACGACCGCUACGUGGCGAUCUGCAACCCCCUGCGCUACACUGCUGUCAUGACUCGACACGUCAGGCUGCUCCUCGUGGCAGGGGCCUGGGGUUUCGGCGCAUUCUGCACCAUUCUGCCGUGCUCCAUGGCCUGGCAUCGCUCUUACUGCGGCCUGAACGUGGUGAGACACAGCUGGUGUGACCCGUCCUCUGUAAGACUGCUGGCGUGUGGCGACACCUCUGUGGACAACAUCGUGUCCAUUUCCUUCAGCUUAGUGGCCCUACUGUCCACCGGAGUCCUCAUCCUCACCUCCUACAUCCUGAUUGGUGUCAACAUAUCAAAGAUGGGUGUCAGUCAGAGGCUGAAGGCCUUCGCAACGUGUGCCGCACACCUGACCGUGGUUUCCAUCUCCUAUGGCUCGGCAUCGUUUGUUUACAUCUCGUACCGAGUGGGAAACUUUUCGCCCGAGGUUCGUAUCAUUGUGUCUGUGCUGUACGCCGCUCUGACUCCUUUUCUGAACCCAAUCAUCUACAGUCUGAGGAACAGGGAGCUCAGAGAGUCCAUCUGGAGGACUCUGAGCAGACUCAGAUCUACAGCUGUGUUACCGAGGAAAGAUGUCAACUCACAGUCCUGACCGGGAAGUAAAACCUGCAGCUUGGUUAACUGGACAACUACGAACUACGCGGGGAAAGAAACGGAACUCCUAACUUUUCUUAUGUCCAUUCUUGAUUAAAAAAACAAACAAAGAAUUUUUAUAUUUUAUAUUUCAAGUAGCGGCUUUGAAUAGUUAAUUGCAUAUAUCAAAUGUUUUUUAAGCUGUGUAUACCCAACCCAACUUUAUUAAAGUUGAAUUCAAGUGAAGGAGCUGCCUGAAGCAUCACAAAUUAACCAAGACAAAAAAGAUCAAUAACAUAUCCAUAUAGCAAGAUUCCACAAGGGAUUGCUCAGAAAAUAUCUGAUGAUAAUAAUAAUUUGUCCACAUGUAACCAGAUCAUUUCAGUUCAGUAUCCAAUUUUAAUGUAUUUGAAUGAAGUAAAAGCUUACAGUAUAUUAUGAAAAAGAAGUCAGGUACAUAAUGAAAGAGCUUUUAUUAGUCCAGUAGGAUAGUUAAUACUUAAAACAAGUCAUUGUAUUAAAUAUAAAAACACAUAUUGUUCUACAACCACAAAUUGCAAUGUAUGAAAAAAUGACCAUGACAUUUUGUGCCUGCUAAACCUGUGCAAUUGAUUUUUUUAAAACAAGGUCUAAUUUACAAAACACACUCACUCAAAGGGUUAAAUGCUCCACUAAAAUGGGAAAAUGGUCUCUUUUUAUAAAACUGCAGGUCUGCUGAAACUCUUAGCUC